AUGACCUCUCUGGUUCCAGCGAUGAGACGAUUCUCUGUGCUCGAGGCCGCCGAGACUAUCAUCUCGCUGCCGAACUCCUCAAUGGUUCAAAUGACGUACGAUUUCUCGAAGAGCGACUUCAUCGUCACGUUAUUGGAAGUCAGCCACGUCAUCAAGCUCGACGAGUACUCCCUCGCCGUGGCCUUGUCCGACACGACGCUCCGUCGACAAUCCAGUAGAAUUGUGGCCGGAGCCCCGUUUCACAAGGAGACCUUCAAAUUCCCCGUUUCCUACGAAGACCUGAUGGACAAGUCGCUGACGUUGCAGUUGUUAGGCGCGACUCGGAUAGGCUCCGCCUCCUCAGUCCUCGGCAGCACCUCAAUCGAUUUGUCCACGAUCGACCCGAGUGAUGAUGUCAUCCUCUGGUCCGAUAUUGAGCUGCAUAAUGCUAGCGAAAACCUCGGCGAGCUGUUCGUCGGCAUCCAGUACCUGCCCUCGGCCGAGCGGCUUACAGUCACCAUCCACCAGGCCAAGGGGCUACCCAGCAAAGAAGCUUUGCCAAACGCCGUCGCCAAGGUGUACCUGCUGCAGGACGGCAAGAUGGUCAAGAAGCGGAAAAGCGGCGUCCGGAAGAACAGCGGAAACCCGAUUUGGAACGAGGCGCUGAACUUUACGUGCACGAUGGCGCAGCUGGCAAACUCGCAGCUCGAGAUCCACAUCCUCGACCACGACCGGAUCGGCAACCAUAAAUUGAUCGGGCAGGUACUAUUCGGCGCCGGCGAUCGCAACGACCGCAUGUGGAAAGACUUGCUGGCCAACAAAACGGUGAACCCCCGCUGGAUCCCACUGCGACUUCUG